AACCGGGGCCGGGGCGCCGCGGCCGCGUGUCGGAGGCGGCGCGGCUCAGCGCCGCGGCGUUGAGGCAGCGCCGCGCCCCCGCUGCCGGAGGAGCCGCUCCGCCGCCGGCCCCCGCGCUCCCGCCCCCGGCGGCGGCCCCGGCGGCGGUGAUGUCCUGAGGGGCCGAGCCGCCCCCCCCUCCCCACCCCGGUCCCUUCGGCCGCCCGGUGCUCAGCAUCUUUCGCAGCUGAGGCUCUGACGUACUGGAGGACACUGCAUCUGCCUCAGUGACAAGGAGAGGUGGGAGCUGGACCCUGUGGGGAGCUGAGAAAGAAAUUGCAUUUGGUGGUCACCUGAGGAACUUACCUUCACGCCAACGUUGCUCUGAAAUGAGUUGAGUCCAACAUUCAUGCUUGGUAAGAUGCCUCAGGAGCAGUACGCGCACAGGAGCACCAUGCAGACCUCGGAAGGGCCCCAAGUAUACAAAGUCGGGAUUUAUGGCUGGAGGAAGAGAUGCCUCUAUUUCUUUGUGCUGCUCCUAAUGAUUUUAAUCCUGGUGAACCUUGCUAUGACCAUCUGGAUUCUGAAGGUUAUGAACUUCACAAUUGAUGGAAUGGGGAACCUGAGAAUCACGGAUAAGGGUCUGAAGCUGGAAGGAGAUUCAGAAUUCUUGAAACCUCUCUACGCCAAAGAAAUCCGCUCAAGACCAGGCAACCCACUAUACUUCCAGUCUGCCAGAAACGUUACAGUGAACAUCCUCAAUGAGAAGACGAAAGUCCUCACUCGCCUUGUAACAGGUCCCCAAGCAGUGGAAGCACACAGCCAAAAAUUUGAGGUGAAAACCCUCUCUGGAAAAUUGCUGUUUUCUGCGGAUGACAACGAAGUGGUAGUCGGAGCAGAGAGAUUGAGAGUUUUAGGAGCAGAAGGCACAGUGUUCCCUAAAUCUAUAGAAACUCCCAAUGUCAGGGCAGACCCCUUCAAGGAACUAAGACUGGAGUCACCCACGCGCGCACUGGUGAUGGAGGCUCCGAAGGGCAUCGAGAUCAACGCUGAGGCCGGCAGCUUGAAGGCCACGUGCAGGACAGAGCUCAGGCUGGAAUCCAAAGAUGGAGAGAUAACAUUGAAUUCUGCAAAAAUCAAACUACCUAACUUGCCUCAAGGAUCUUCCUCUUCUGCAGGGUCCAGGCAAAAAAUCUACGAGCUCUGUGUGUGCCCCAAUGGGAGGUUAUUUCUGUCUCAGGCAGGCGCUAGCUCCACCUGCCAGAUAAAUACAAGCGUCUGCCUUUGAGAGACAAUUUGCAGUGGGGCAUCGCAGGCAGCACAAAAGCCAAUUCUGGUCUCCUAGAUUGCAGCUGCCAACUAUUUUUACUAGAACACAGAAAGCCUAUCAAAGACUUUUUUUGUGUGCGCGCGUGUGUGUGAAUAUAUAUAUAAUAUAUAUAUAUAUAUAUAAAAUUAUAUAUAUCCUCUGUGUAAAAUGAUGUUUCAGUACAAGGAAUCCCAGGGUGACCCUGUUACAUUUGUGUAGCAUUUCUCUUUCCCACACCAAAAUUUACUGGUACAAUCUACUGAAUUGGGCUUGAUGCUCCCCUGGACUCUUCUGUAACAGUACAGUCUAAUGAUCACCCCUUGGUUUUGACCAUGUUCUAAGAGUAAUGGGAUUGCUGGCUGGUGUAGACCCUGGAACCAAUGUAGAGCCACCAACAUACUAAAGGAAGAGUAGCGUCUCUGAUUAUUUUUGCACCAUUAAAUCAGUGGCAUGAGGAAAACAAAACAGCCAAAUGUGCUGUACUGGUUGCCUAGAGUGAUCCAAGACACCUGGAGUUAAACUGCACUCUUUAAUUUUCACCUGAAGCAUGGCUCCCUGUUGGGAGAGAUGGGUCGCACUUUGCUAAUAGAAAAGUCCUAAUCUUCUUGCUGAAUCACUUUCUGAAGGGCUUUGCUUCUUACCUGUACCUGCAAUGAAUGCCUUGUGCUAUUCAGACGUCACACGUCAGCUCUAACCCCAACCUAAAGUCAUCUCUGUGCUAACAAAAUUAGCAUUGUAUUUGUUCUUGGAAGGAAAAAAAGUUAUGCAAGUUGGACUAGGAGAGAAAAAUCUUGAGCCACUUUAGUUCACAGGUGUCCUGGAUCACCCUGCACACCCUCUAUUACCACCUUUAAUUUGGAAGUGAUCUCACAUACCUGAGAAGGUGUAAGAUUUGGAAAUUACCCACCAAUACCUAUAGAAACAAAGAAAAUCACCUGUUAAACCCAGUGAAACACAGAAAUUCAUCUGAAUUUGACAUAUAAUAUCUGUGAUAUGUUAGAAUUCUUGUCCUCUUUCUAUCCAGGACACAAAGAUCACAUACAUUUUGUGGAGAUUGCACACAUCAGAGAUGCUGACAAUGAAAUAGAUAUUUUUUUAAGACUCUAUAAGGAUUUUGACAAAUUCAGAUUACUGGAAAGCAAAGGCUUUGGAUGCUGGUUCCUCUAGAAUUUAAGCCCCAAAAUCUCUAUGGUCAAAUCUCUUCACGGGUGCGUUUUCCUUACCGAAGUCCAGGAGUUACUUGCAGGCAGGAUAAACCACAAAUCUGAUCUGGUGAUAUUAUUUCCAGUGAUGAAGUUUUGAGGGGAAAAAACUGAAACGAGCCCAGAUCUUUUAAUUCCGACCCAUAACUGCAUCCACAUGCAUGUAAAAACUGUUUAGAAACCAACGUACUAAUUAGCACAAAAGGGUUCAAGUCACAGUAAACCUCAUGAGGACAGCAAGGUUUCUACACUGAGAUGCUACUGAAAAUAUUGCCUCAUGUGCAAACAUGGCAGAUCUGUGCCCAUCCCUAGCAGUAUCUGAGCAAAGCUGGUAUUCUUGAAGCAAUUUUCAAGAUACAAUGUCACUGACGGUAAUUUUUAGAAAUAACCUCUCCCUUUCCUUUGGAAUGUAUGUCCACAUGUUUUCAUGUGGUCUGAAUAGUACCAGGGUUUGAUGUUUUUAAAUGAUCGAUUCUGGCCUGAUCCAAAACUGACUGGACUCAAUGGGAAGAUAUCCAUGGUGUUUUGAUUGGAUGUUGCUUCCCAACGAAGCAACAUUCCUAUAAAAUUUAUUUCUGAAAGAAGACUGAGUUAUCUACAUAUAUUUCACUGAUGCUUUCAGAUUAAUUAACAAAUUCAAAUUAUUUGUUAAUGAAUGAUUCCUGUAAUUAUUAUCUUGAGUCAAUGUUCGAAUGCAAAGGGUCACCCAGGAUAACAAUUGUAUUGGGACACAGGACUAUACCAUCUCUGUUCAAAGAGGGGAAUUGUGCCUAUGCCUUAAGUCAAUGCACUCAGCAAGGAGAAGCACAUCAUAUUUAUCUUGUUAUAAAAACUAGUUUAUUUGGGGGGAGGGACAGGAGGGUGUCUUGGGAACUGGUUGUGCAACUUAAAACAGAUAUUAAUGAAAUAUAUUAAGACUGUAGGGGCACUAAGAGUGAUACUGUUGUUUCUUUUUACCAUGUUAAAUAUAGCAAAAUACUGUGUAUGUUACCUCUGGGACCACAAGUGAAGUCCCAUUCAUAGUCCUACAUUUGCUAUAGAUUAUUUUCCCUUUUUCAUUUAAUACUGAUCACAAACAUUAUAUCAAGCGUGGCCCAAUUCAUAAACAAAUCCCGUGUUUGCAAGCACGUGAGUGGUUGUGAAGAUGCAUGCUGCAGGAGGAGUGCCCUGUACGGAAAACAAGUUGGGUUAACUUUCCCUUCCCUGAAGGUAUCAGUGCUAGUUGGUAGCAUGGGGCUGAGCACACAGAGUGGCCCAGCAGGGAUGCUGGCCCCCAAUCCCUUACUCUGUUCCCCACUGCCCAGAGGUCAGUCCUCAGACACCCUCGGGCUGCUCUGUAGCAAUUUCACUUUGACCUGAUGGUCUUUCUGCUGGGAUCUUGGAUGAGGUGAGCACCCUCAUAACUUGGGAACACCAUAAGAUUGCAUAAGGACAUUCAUUUUGGUAUGAAUUUCUGGGGGGCAGCUGUUAGAGAACAGCCUUACUGCUCUGUGCCUCUACUGUUUUCUGCAGAAAGUGAACAAUGGGUACCUUAAUUAUGUCUAGGUAAAGGAGUUCAAUAUGUUCUACAAUUUUGUCUCCAGAUUUAAAAGCAUAAAAUGAUUUUCUGUGUGCCUAGAGAUUGAACCCAUGCAGAGACUUGAAAACCAUUUGACCCUCACUUCAGUUUUAAGACCACAGUUCAGAUGAUGCUGCUUGCUCUGGAGUUGGCCAUGUGAGUAAUCCUCUGCUGUUCAGUGAGUGGCAAACCAUGGCAGGCAGGAUUGCAUCUAUGAGAUUCAGGGGAAAAACUGCAUUUUUGUUUAAAAAGCAGCAUGCAGACACAUCCAGCCACCUCACACUUCAUAGUUUGUUGUCUGGAGGCAAUUGUGGUGUGCCUAACUCACCUGCUGGGAGAGGCAGAUGAUGAAGGUUCAGUUUUCCUCCUGCCUUGUCCAGAAACCACUCACAAUUGCUUUACCUGUAUGGGUUGAUUUUCCCUGAGUGCAAACCAAGUCAGAACAUCCCUGGCUGGAACUUUGUAUGUAUACUCUACCUGCUGUUGAUAAAUGCCAAAAACAGGGAAGGGUUUUUGUAUUUCUUUAUGAAUUGGGCCUGCAAUUCAGUUCAGUUGAGCAUUUGCUAUGAGGGCAGAUGGCAUUUAUCUCAGAUCAGAGUUUAGUUUUACCUCUCAACACUAAGGCAAGGCUGGGGUGGGUGGUGAACUUGUUUAUGCUGAGCUCAAUGGAAGAGAUGCCAAUGACUUCGUGGCCUGAGCUAGGGCAGGAGCCUGAUGGGUGAGAAUUCAGGGCACUGAUGCCUGAGGAAAUAGUGCCAGCAGCUGUGGUGGCUGUGGAGCUGAACUCUGAUUUUACCGUGCACGAUCCUACAUUGCAGCUAUGUGCAUUGCAAACAUUGAAAUGCUAAUCAAGAGACUGUGAUACUAGUGUCAAUGUCCCUUAGGCAACCAGAUAAAGAUAAAUGCUUUUAUGUAUUGUAGCUCUUAACUUUACAGGGUUUGGGACCUUGUUAAAUUUGCUUUCAGUGCCACACUUCAGUACUGACUGUCAGUGCUUAGCUGUACACCAGUACCUCAUGCAUAUGUCAUGAAUGACCCUUCUGCUGUAAUGAGUUGGGAGGGCAGGUGUAAAGCAAAAAGAUUUUGCCAUUAGCAAAAGGAGAGAUUCUAAUACCGAUGGUACAACCAUAUCCAUUCUCCACGCACCUUUGUUUCUGUGGACUUUUAAACUUCUUUGAAGUGUAUUACCUGGUAGUCAGUGAAAUGGGUGGCUGUAGAGUACAAAGAAAUGUUAAAAUGAAAGGAAGCCAUUGAAAAGGGGAGGCCAGUAACUGUGAAAAUAGGUGUCUGACCUCUGUAGGUAUACAUGUUUAGAAAACAAAGCAUGUGCAGAAGUGAUCUGUAUUUGUUUCUCUCUGUCAAACACCUGGAUUUUAAGAGUUCGGGUUUUUUUCCUCAUUCAAUCAGAAGUAUCACAAUGCACAAAGAAAAAAGUUUAAGGCAUUCACCUAGCAGUCCCACCUGCAGUACAGCAAAACAAUGUCUGAAUCAAGAAAACCCUCCCUAGAAAUUACAUGAAGGUUGAGGAGAGAUUCCUAUGGAAACCCGCGAAGAUGUCCGGUCAGUUUGCAUCAUACCUAGUUUGCAAUGACAGAUGGUCUUAGAAGAGAUUAACUUCUGUUGUCAUAGCAUUCAUGCACGCACACAUAUACACAUGGUUAGAUGCACUUGUUUACAACAAAAGACAUUUUUCUUUAUAUUUGCAGUUAUGGCUUUAAGUUUCACGUUGCAAAGGACAAUGAGACAAAGACCAAAGAUUACAGAAAUUAAUCCUUUCUCUGGUUGCCCUCACACCUGAAAUGCAUUAAGUUUAAUGGUGCUUUUUGGAACUGGCAGGAAAAACACAGGUUUAUCACAAAGAUGCAUGUGAGAGCAUACAGCAACAGGAAGCCUUUAAUUCCCUUCACGGAGAGGAAUGGAAAUAACCUGGAAUUCUUUAGGUGUGUACAGAAGGUAAGGUUACCCAGAAAGAGAAACAUGAGGAGAUAACCAAAACGUUAAGAGAUCGUCCUGAGCUGAAGGUGUAAUUCAACUGAGGAAAUGUUUGCUGGCUGUGCACUCGAGCAUCAGCACGUGAGGGAUGCUGGUAGGACACACACAAGAGCAGGAUGCUCCCGUGAAACCAUCCAGGUCUUUAGUCCUUGGAAUUCAGUCACCCUGUUCGGUGAAAAAGAGAAACUGUGCUGAAAUGAUUUCAUUGUAAAGUGCAUGCCGUAAAAACAAGAAAGUUUGGGGCUGUUCUGUUUGGCUGAUGGUAUUUGUUGUCUUUCUUUGUCGUUGUUUUUUUUUAAUGGCUGACAUUUUAAAUUUGGAAAUGUCAUCAUCCAGAGCUCACCUGAGCAAAUGCAGGCAGCGCUCCUGUCAAGCUCUGGCAAUCAGGGAUUGGUGCUCCUCAAACAAACCCAGCAGCUCCUUCAUUCUCAUUGCCCUUCUUGUUGAGGAAUGCAAUCACUGUAACAUUUCCAUUUUCCCCAUUCUAAGCUUUUUCAUCAGCUCUGAAAUUGCCAUGUAAUAUAGCAGUAUUUCUGCUUUGGGGUGGCCUGCAGCCCCCAGUGCCACCUCACACCUCCAAAGACCCAAAUCAGUGAGCAGCAAGCAUGGGGCAGUGGCACUAAGGUGAAAUUUAGGCCUUUUAGGUAAAUUCUGCACCACAGCUGCAGUGUUUUCACAGCUGAUGUAGCCAAGUCUACAGCUGCGGUUGGAACAGAGCUGAUGUGACUCUGAUGAGAUUAUUCAGAAGGAGAAGAGCGCAUUACAGAAGGCGGGCAGGAGGGAGAGGGAAGAAAUGGCAAGAGACAUCACCUUAAUCACGGUAAUGCAGCAAACUUCUUUGUCUGUUUACACUGUUAUACUUUAAAUUAAUAACGUCCAUUUCACUAAAUAUGGUAGCAAUUAUGUUUGAUCUUCCCUGGUGCACAGUAGAAUUACUGUCAAUGGAAGCACUUACAGCUUGGGCUGCUUGAGAUGGCUAAGGUGUUGUUUCCAUCCACAAUAACCACAAUGGCUUGGGGCUGGGAUGGAAAUUAUAGUGAGUGGCUUGUGUUUAGAAAGCUUUUAAAUUUACUGUGCUUGAGAGAGCCCCAAGGCUUUAUCAUUUAAAACUCUCUUGUCCUGCCACUUGAAUCGCAUCGUGCUCACGUGUAAAGGGACGCACUUCAUUUAUACAGGGAAAGAUGGAUAUUUAAAGCUGCAGGAUUUUUAUCCCGAGCAAAGAAGAAAAUACAGUGAAUUGCUGAGAUUUCCCAUCCAAGUCACAUUAAACCAGAGAUGCGCGUUAAGUCCCUUAACUUGCUGAUUUGCUAAAGGUGUUAAUUUCUGCAGGGAGUUCAGCCCUCACCUCAGUGCAGCUCAUUGCCACACGGUGACUGGGGUCUGGGGUUAGGUGGGUGGCAGUGGGCUCCCUGCUCAGGGGGAAGCCAGAUCUCCUUAGAGGCCGCUCAUCUCCAUGGACAGGGUGAGUGUUUGGUUUAACCAGUGUUAAAAAGUAGGAAGGCUGUCUCUGCUGUGAAGCAAUACACAGCUGUGUAUCUCUCUCAUUCAGUUGGCCUGAGCUUUCUGCCAGUAAGUGUCAGAAAGAGAAAUUCGUGCAAAUCCCUUAGGUUUAUUUUUCUCUUUGUUCCCAAAUGCUUUGAGGAACAACGUGUGAUCUUAGUAAAAAGGUCUUUGUUUUCUAAGAUUAAAAAGGACAUCUUUGAGCCUUUCACCAGGUCCAUCCCAACUGGAACCUCACCCUUUCUAACAGCCCUACCAUGGCAGGAAUAGGCCCAUUGCAAAGCACAGCUCGUGUGCAAGAAUUUAAAGUUGCAUCGUACUCUCACAUUAUUCCCCAUUAGAAAGGCUUAACUGCUGAUGGGAGAUAAAGCUUCCUGAAGCCUCAUACAGCAAAAUGCAUCAUCCCUUUCCAAAGCAACGCAGCUUCUUUCUUCUUUUAAAGAUUUCCUCAUAACAGAGUCCUUGAAACAUCGUCAGGCAGGCUCACGCUGUGGAGCAGAAGAAUAAUUAAUUGUGGGCGGCUCUAUUUCUAUUGAAGGCUGGAUUAUAGUUGAAAGAAUGUUGCUGUUGUCAUUUCUCCCACUCUGAGCUGCAAGCACCACACACACCCCAGCGCUCUGACUGCACUCCUCCCAGGGCUGUUCCAUAAACCCAGGGAGCAAGAGCCUGCUGCUUUGGGCCUCAGCGGGGUCCUCUUCUGGCCUUGUGCGCUUACUGUCAGUGCUGUUCUUGAUGUACCAGCAGUGCUAAUGAUUGUAUAGGUGAUGUGUGGGUGCAGUCAUGGCGGUGGUUAUUGGUUGCUGCUCUAGGAAGCCUUUGUUCACUCGAAGGCAGCAGCUGCAGCAAGGCCAGGUGGACACUGGGACUCUGCUGUUCCAAUGCAUUGGGUUGGGGCUGCACUGUCUGCAGGGAUUUCCUUUAUGGGGGUUUUCAGAGUUAGGAGUAACAAAGCCUGACCUCGCAGAGACUCCUAGAAAAUAGAACUGAGCACUCAUCACACCCUACAUUUAUGGAAGAAGGGCUCCGUGCUAGCAUUCCCACCCAGAUUUCUCCCUAGAUCAGAGCUAUUCCUGAGCCAUGUGCCAGAUGUUGGUCUGGAUCUGCACUGUGCAGUGCUUUGGGUGCAGGGAAGGGGUUGACCUUCUGGAUCUGACUCAGAUCCAUUCUAUUUCAUUUUAUUUUUUGCCUGCCCCUUAUUUUACUUAGUUUCUUUGUGCAUGAACACCAAUAGAGUCAUUGAUGUUAACCCAACCAAUGCUCCACGUAAUUAAACCCCAAAACAACAUUCAGUGCUGAAGCAAAACCCCAUUCAACCACAGCAGCAGCAUAAAGGCACGACCCAUGUGAUAAUGGCAGUUCUCAUCUGUGAUGGUUAAAUACCUUGUCUGACCUCUACUCUGAUAACCACCAAUGAUCUUGAUAUUGUAAACAGGACAAAAAAAUUCUAAAGUCUUAUCACAGUUCUCAUUAGGAAAUUCAGAUUGGUUUGGCUUUUUUCUUUUUAAUUUAUGUAUGUGUGUGGUUGUGUGGGAAAAUAUAAAGCUUUUUUGUAUCAAAUAACAUCAAUCCUUGCACACUCUAUGCAAAAUUUUGUAAGCAUUGCAAUAAUGCUAUGAAUUACACAAGGAACUAUUUUAACUUUAUUACACUUUCUGUAUAAAAAAAAUUUGUAUUUAAAUGAUUUCAACUGCAAUCUUGUAAAAUAUAUUAAUAAAAUAAUGAUUGUUAAGAAGGAAA